AUGAAGUUCGGGCGUAAAAUCAGCAAUGAUCUCUACAAUGAAUGGAGACCGUUCUAUAUCAACUACAACCUGUUGAAACGAGAGCUUAAGGCGCGGACCACAUCUCACAGCUGGAAUGACGUGGACGAACGAGAAUUCACUGCAAUGCUAGAGAAGGAGCUGGACAAGAUCCAUGAUUUCCAGAAGUCCAAGACUGCUGAACUGUCCACCCGCAUUAAGGAGGCGGAGAGAGCUGUGAAGCGUCUUGUUACAACCGAAUACGUGGAUGGUCACCAUGCAGAUGCCAGCACAUCUACAGACCCCGAAGCUCAAGAGCGACUCCCUGAUGCGACCCAGGAUGCCGGCUCGGAUGAUGAUGACUCUGACGAUGAAGGCAGUGAUGCCAUGUCCAUGGAUGCCUUUGAAGAUCAGUUUGCCGUUCUAGAGGAAGAAGUUGCUACGCUCGUCGCAGACAAACAUGACAAACAAACGAAUCGGCCCUUAAAACCCACUUUCAUUCAAAACUACCUUGAGAAGCGUCCGUUUUAUAAGUACAAUUGGGAUGGUCUUAUUGUCAAGUUGUCCAAGUUGUAUAAUCUUGUUCGCACGCGAGGCCAUCCUGUACAAGGUGACUCAAGCGCGGGUGGGAGCCAAAGUGCCUUCAUUCGUCAGACGACUAAGUAUUGGGUACACCCCGACAACCUUGUCCAUCUUAAACUGGCUAUUUUAAAGCAUCUGCCUGUCCUUGUCUUUAACCCGGACAAGGAAUUUGAGCCUAAGGAUGCAGCAAUUACGUCCAUAUACUUCGAUAAUGAGGACCUUGAGCUAUAUCUUGGUCGGCUUGAAAAGACUGAAGGUGCGGAAGCCGUUCGAUUGCGCUGGUAUGGUGACACAGAUGUGAAGACCAUCUUUGUUGAACGUAAAACCCAUCGCGAGGAUUGGACGGGAGAGAAGUCCGUGAAGGCACGAUUCCCCAUCAAGGAACAUCUUGUCAACGCAUUUUUGCGCGGGGAGUACAUCAUGGAUGAGGAAUUUCAGGGACUAGUGACGAAAGGGAAAAAGAGCCAGCAGGAGGUGGACUCUAUGAUACAGCUUGCGAAUGAGGUCCAGUAUGCGAUCUUAACGAAGCAGCUUCAGCCCGUCGUGCGUACAUUUUAUAAUCGUACGGCGUUCCAGCUCCCUGGCGAUGCGCGCGUACGUAUAUCAUUGGACACGGAACUUACCAUGGUCCGCGAAGACAAUUGGGAUGGCCGCACACGAUCAGGAGAUAACUGGAGACGAACAGAUAUUGGCGUCGACUACCCUUUUGACCAGCUACCCCCAGAGGACAAGGAGUUAUUCAAAUACGGUGUCUUGGAGGUCAAGCUACAGACUCAAUUCGGACAAGAGCCUCCACAGUGGGUGACUGAUCUGGUUUCAUCACAUCUUGUAGAGGCCGUGCCCAAGUCGUCUUGCCUUACGUUUGUCACAGGGGGACUGAGUCUAAAUAGUAAAUUCAUCCAUGGUUGUGCCACACUUAUUCCCAAUCGAGUCGAUCUUGUGCCUUUCUGGCUUCCACAAAUGGACACCGACAUUUUAAAGCCUGAUACGGGUGCCCUCACGAUAGAAAGGCCGCUGCAAACUUCGUCGAAGGGAACCUCAGAACCUUCGGCAGGAAAGGGAUCUUCUGGUGCUACAACACCCGAAGAUGUACAUAUUGCAUAUGCGGAACCCGUCUCUGAAGGCGAAGAGGAUGAAGAGAUGGAUUUGGCACCAGCCAGAGAUGAGUACAAGCGCACGGGUCUACCCAACGACCAGGUUGCGGCGGCAAUCGCUUAUCGGGAGAAGUCGCUCACGCAACAAGGUAGUGCGCAACUGCAGAAGAGUGGCGAUCAUACGUCGGCAAACGGUGCGAGUAGUCGCGAAAUGCUCACGCAGGACAGUGGGGUCGAUGGUGAUAUGAUCAGCGAUGAAGAGGAUGAAAACGUUGAUGAGCGCACUCCAUUUCUCAGAGGCAGGAAGGCGUCGAAAUUAGCGGUGGCACAAAACUCUCCAGGACGGACGUUGUCCAUUGACCCACUUGCACCAUCAGCCGCAUUUGAUGAGACAUUGCGUGAUCGCCUCAAGGAGGACGCGGCGCGUCAAAUACCGACUGAAGAAGCAGUCGAUGAGGAUGAGGAUGAGGACGAGGACGAACCGACAGAAGGAACCUCUAGAUUGAACAGGAAACUCUCAAGACGAGACAGUGAGCGACUUCUGGAACGCAACUGGACUGCGCCUCCGGGGAAACGUAUUGCGGUCCCAGUGCGUGUUGAGCCUAAGGUGUACUUUGCUGCAGAGCGAACUUUCCUUAAAUGGCUGCACUUUGCCAUCUACAUCGGUACCAUUGCGACAACUCUAUUGAACUUCAUCGAUCCAAGGGAUACGGUCGGACUGAUCAGCGCAGGUCUUUUCACGCUGACUGCUCUGGUUGCCAUUGCGUAUUCUGCAAUCAUUUUUGUGUAUCGUGCCCUCAAGCUACGCAAGCGCCACGCGGAUGGUAUGUAUUACGACAAGUACGGGCCAACUGUGCUCUCGCUCUUCUUAGUUGGCGCGCUGGGCAUCAGUGUCGUGCUAAGGUUGAGGGAGAUGGCGGAUUGA